UCAGCUUUUAUCAUCCCCGAUUUCGCGUCCCUUCCAAUGACGAACUCUAGCAUGCAUCAUGACUAAUCCACCGGCGGCCACCGUUUCCCGACGCAACCCAAGCAUCCUAGUAAUGAAGAACGCAUCGACGAAGCAUAGGUAAGUCUUUUCUCGCCGAUUCUCCAAAACCCUAAUUUCACAUUCUGGCGCGAUUGGUUUUCACAUUCUGGCACGAUUGGUGAGUUUUUCAGAGAGAUGUUGGUUGGGGGUUCCGAUUAUGGGUAGGAUGAUGGGGAUUUCGCUACAAAUCGAGAAGAUGAUGGGGAUUUCGAAACGACAGAUGCGCGAGCAGAAAAGGACUGAAUGACAGCGGUGGUGGUCUCGAGCGGCGACGACGUGGUCUCGAGCGGCGUCGUCGUCUCCACCUGGUGCGAACCCUAAAUCGCGAGAAUUUGUUUUUCGGGUUGUAGGGAAGGAGAAGGGGGGUAAGUAAGCAGAUAUAACAUUUUUUUUCUACACGUGGCAUUCCACGUGUACAUUUUGCUGAAGUGUCAAUCAUGUGGAGGUCGGAUUCCUUCCUCGUUAGCAUUCCGUCAAACGAGUUAAUGGAAUCGCAGACGGUGUUAAAGUUUCUAACGUUUUUGGCUAGAUUUGUCAUACUACCCUCCGUUUUUUGGGCUAUUUGUGGUUUUCGAAUAGAAAUGACUAUAUUUGUCAAAAGUGUGAAAAUUAUGGCUAUACAGGUGUAUUUUGCCAAAAUAAUAUGAAAAUGAAAAGUCUCCCUCUCUCCCUCAUUUUCUCCGGUCCAAUCUUCCCCCACUUAUCCAUCUUUCUUCGUGUUCUUCCCUUCGAACUGAUUCCCUCUUGCCCAAUGGGUCUUUCUGGGUUGGAGAGAAUUACUUCUGGGUAGAGGUUUUUUUUUGCCUUGAAUGGGUUAGAUUUCGUUCUUCUUCUCCUUGUCUUCUUCUCCGCACAAUGGACGAAUGGUGAGAUGUUCUCUAAGCUGGGAAAAGCACAGUGAAUGGAAUUUCAAUUUUCCCACUGCGAUAACGACCAGAUCGCCAGAGAAGAAGGCAACGUAGAGAUAUGUGAAGAAAUUGAAGCAUUUGGGCGAACAUCAGAUCUUGUAGGCGGCGAUCCACGUGCUCGGCGGCGGCAAAGGCGUAGUCGUCGAAGCUGAGGUCAAGGGGCCAGAUCCCGGUGUCGAGGGCGCCGAUGAUGACGCCGUCGUCGUUGGCGGAGUUGAGGGAGUGAGGGGAAGAGGGGGAGAGGCCGAGGAAGGAAGGAGGGUGAGUGGUAUGGAAGUGGCGGAUCUGGUUGGGGACGACGGAGAGAUCCCGGAGUGCGGAGGAGGCGGAAGGCUUGGUUGGCGGUCAGGGAGGUGGAGAAGCCAGCGGCACUGUGGGGGUAGGUGUAGAGGAAGGCGGAGAGGAUAUUGGAGAAAGGGGGAUUUGGGCGGUGAUUUGGGGGUCGCCGGAUUUUGGGAGCGACAUAUAUUCAGGGUAGCAGCGGAUUUGGGAGCGGUGAUUUGGGUGGCAGCGAAUUUGGGGAGCGACGAAUUUGGGCGGCGGCUGUAACUUUCCUCCGCCGCUUGGCAUCGCUGUCGUUUGUAGCACUAUGCCAAAUCGAGAUCCACAAAUCAGAUCGAGCUCCAACAUCUUUCCUGUCUUCCUGCUUCCUGUCCUCAACAACUUGGGUCGUCGUCGUUCCGUAGGCUACUUUGCAGUGGAGACCGCCGACGGAAGGAAGGAAUGAAGGAAGAAGACGAAGGGGAUGGUUUUCCACUAGUCUAUUUUAUUAUUAUUUUUUACAUUAAAAUAUGACAUGGCAUCCAUGUGGCAAGUAUUGUUGAGUUGUCAAUGAUGUGGCCGGUGAGUUGGCAGCCAGGUAAGGAUUUCUUUAAUUUGAUUAACAACGUCACUAAUGACGUUAAAAUAUGUAAUGGAAAUGGCUAUAUAUGUCAUGAAACUUUCAAAAUUCUGAUUAUAUUUGGCAUUUUGCCAAAAAUGACUAUUAUUGUCACAAACGUGAAAAUUUGGCUACACAGAUGAAUUUUGCCUUAAUGAAAUUACACACUGGUC